ACAAGUUGCUCGAUGGAGAGUCUUCUUCCGCCGCGCGCAUGUUCAAAUUGAUCCUCGAGCUCACAACAACACCCGGGGUCCGCGAGCUCACCGGGGCACGAGCCAAUAUGUUCACAAGUAAGCGCCUCGCGACGUUAGUUUGAGUUAGGUGUCCGUUGAAGCCGUUAUGAACCGGUCAAAUCCCGUUAACGGUGAUCGGUCUGAGUCGAAGCCUGCGACUGACAGUGGGUGUGAAGCAGAUGACUUGGAGAUGUUCGUUCAUACAUCGUCCAUAAGAGUAGAAUAUUAUAGAUCAUUUCAGUAUUGUGUGAAGUGGGAAAGACCCAUGUCUCCCCGACGCUCCUCCAGACUAACAAAGGCCUCCAAGAAGAGCCCCCAGAGAAGCCCCAGCCCAAACGAAGAAGUUACCCAGGGCAGGCUGGGGGGUAAGAGGCAGAGGAUAGGGUUGAGGAAGACCAAAGCUAGUGACAGCGCAGGGAGCGACCGUGACAUCAUCGACAUCAUCGACAGUACAGAUGAUGCUGAACAUGUUGAGGAAGAUGAAGGGCAGUUUGUAGAGGUGGCUGAUGAAGGAGUGGAAGAGUCAGAUGACCAAUCCGUCACCAGCAGCAUUGCUUCCGGUCCUUCCCUCCGACACAACGACACGCCCAAGACAGCGAGGCCCUCGCAGGGCGUGUGCUCAGCCUGCCGCAAGCUUUACCAGAAGGCAAAGAAGAUAAAAACACCACUUAAAAAUAAACUCUCAGACAAUGACCCCAAGUCCCUCACAUGUGACCAGUGGGUCCUGAUCAAGGACUGGAGACCGAGGAGGCUGCCUAAUGCGAGAGGGAAGCUUUUGACCCAUGUACAACUGGUGAAGAAAAGACUCAAGAACGGCGCAAAGCGAAUCGAGCAAUGUGUGGGAGAGCAUGAAUCGUCAGCCUGCUCGAGGCCACACGCUUUCCUUCAGAGGAACCUUAGGCGGCGUGUCAGAGUUCCACUGAAAAGGGGGAGGAGGAAGAACAGGAGGAAGAGGGCACGAGAGGAUUCUCAGGGUCCUCGUGUCGCCAAGCAGCAGCGUCUCCACAGCAACAAUCGCCGCCAACACAGCAGUAUUGGUCUUCACCCGACCACUGGUCACAGUAGCAGUGCUGGUUUUGAGGAGUGGAGCGACCAAGACGUGGACAGUCCAGAAGAAACAGAUCAGACCAUUGAGUUGAUUCCCUCCGAAGUUACCCUGGAAACCACCAAACCCAGAGACGUCCCAACCAAGCAGAAAGAACAAAAGAAGACUUGUGGAUUCAGAGACUUGCUCUUCCAGUUGCGUGGCAACAGCAGCAUGAUCGUGAGAGAAACCCGUUAGCGAGGCGACUCCUGACUUUUUUUUUUAAAGCAGUUUACAGUUUCACCACUACAGCGGUAAAAAGUGCUGAUGCAGCUUUUAUUUGUUCGUUUUUUGUUAUGUUCAGUGUUGUUUAAGUCGGGCUGUUGUUCUGUUCUGAAUACCGGUCUGUAAUUAUUAAUUGUUGUCAUUUAUAUGGAGUCGUAUACCUAUUUAUUGAAGUCAAAUCUCUAUCUGAGUUUAGUGGCAAAGUUCUCCUGCAGCUCCAAAUACUUGCACGUUAUUUAUUUUUUCAUAAAUUUCUAAAUGGCAUUUAUUUAAAGUUUCAUACAACAGGAUAACUGAAUAAAUGUGUUUUUACGUUAA